AUGACAGCUAUCCCGAAAGACUUCAAGGAUUAUGACGCUCACCCAGACAACGCAGCUACCCUUGCGCCUGCAGGACUACAGAGAGGAUUGUUGACAAUUACAGAGCACAACGACGACCUCAAAGGCUCUCUUACCAAGAGCGACUGGUUUACGGCCUCGACCUUCAAGGGCAAACCACAAGGGAACGAGACCGGUCAAGACAACUCCGGCGAAUGA